AUGGCUGCAAAAGAGCUUGCAAGCGAAUCUGGGCUUGAUUAUGCAUUGAUGACGGGUGGAGAUGUUGCACCACUGGGUUCACAGGCUGUUUCUAAGAUACACCAGUUGUUUGAUUGGGCCAAGAAGUCCAACAGGGGUUUGCUGCUUUUCAUUGAUGAAGCAGAUGCAUUUUUGUGCGAGCGGAAUAAAACCUACAUGAGUGAGGCUCAAAGGAGUGCGCUAAAUGCCCUCCUAUUUCGCACAGGUGACCAAUCCAAAGACAUAGUCCUUGCUCUUGCUACAAACCGCCCAGGUGAUCUUGAUUCCGCUGUGGCUGACUGCAUUGACGAAGUUCUAGAAUUCCCUUUGCCAGGCGAAGAUGAACGCCUCAAGCUGCUUAAACUUUAUCUGGACAAAUACAUUGCUCAAGCUGGGGCGAGAAAAUCGGGCUUGUUUUUGCAUCUUUUCCAGAAACAACAGCAGAAGAUAGAGAUCAAGGGGCUGACUGAUGAUAUUCUGAGGGAGGCUGCAGUGAAGACUGAUGGAUUCUCGGGAAGAGAGAUAGCAAAGCUGAUGGCUAGUGUUCAAGCUGCCGUAUAUGGGAGUGAGAACUGUGAGCUUGAUCCAAACCUUUUCCAGGAAGUGGUGGAUUAUAAAGUCGCAGAGCAUCAACAGAGAAGGAAACUAGCUGCGGCUGAGGGAACUAGUGCUUGAUGGAGUAGUCGUAUAAUUAUUAUGUGUUACUGCCAGUGUUUUGCAAGUUGGCUAAGAUUGAGCAGGUGAGUAUCUGAUUUUCUACUAUAUAUCGCAUACCCGCAUGUUUUAUUUACGGGUGGCAUAUCUAUCGUUAUAUUCUCUCCUGUUGAAGGGGGAUUUUGGGAUUUUUUUAAUUGGGGGUAGAGGUUCCUAAUGAAAUUCAAUGUCGAUGACAUUUAUCGAAGUAUUUGAUACGUGUAUGUCAUUCCCAUUCACACAGUUG